GUAGGAAAUAUCGAGAAAUUAUGGGAUGAAUCCAAGCUGAUUGAGGGUAAGCUGGAGGCGUACUUCUAGAGCGUGUGGAAAGAAUGAAGAAUAGAAAAGCGAUGGCUUUUGCGGGGAACUCAGGAAGUGUGACCUCUCCAUAAUAACCAACCGCCUCUUAGCUGCACCCACCCACAUCUUUUUCAUUUCUGUAACAAUCACGGUGAACAUGAAGGUCAUGGUAGCCAUCAAACGGGUCAUUGACUAUGCCGUCAAGAUACGGGUUAAACCGGAUAAGAGUGGUGUAGAGACCAGCAAUGUGAAGAUGUCGAUGAACCCAUUCUGCGAAAUUGCUCUGGAAGAAGCGCUCCGAAUUAAAGAGGCGGGUCUGGCUACGGAGGUGGUGGCAGUGACUGUUGGCCCGACUCAGUCAGUAGAGACUUUGCGAACCGGGUUAGCCAUGGGUGCGGACCGGGCGAUUCAUGUUGAAGAACCCAGGACUCUUUACCCUCUUUCGAUUGCAAAAAUUCUGAAAGCUCUUGUUGACUUGGAGAAGCCUGGACUUCUUCUCCUUGGCAAACAGGCAAUUGAUGAUGAUUGCAAUCAGACUGGUCAAAUGGUUGCAGGACUUCUUCAGUGGCCGCAAGGAACCUUUGCUUCAAAGGUCGUUGUGGAACAAGAAAAACAGACGGUAACUGUAGAGAGAGAGGUUGAUGGUGGGAUUGAAACAUUGUGUUUGGACCUACCUGCAGUAAUCACCACUGACUUGAGGUUGAACCAACCGAGAUAUGCGACACUCCCUAACAUAAUGAAAGCAAAGUCAAAGCCAAUAAAGAAGAUUACACUUCAGGAGUUGAAUGUGGAGAUAAAAAGUGAUAUAGAGAUCGUGCAAGUUAAUGAGCCUCCCAAGAGGAAAGCUGGAGUUAUACUCUCAUCUGUGGAUGAGCUUAUUGACAAACUAAAGAAUGAAGCACGAGUCAUUUGAGUCUCUUGCUCAAUUCAUUAGUUUUUUACUCAAUUGUUAUUGCACCUUCCUAAAAUCAUCAUACAUGUGUUCAACUUCUAAGUAUUAUAUUAGUAAAAUAAUUAAAUGCAAAAAAAACAUACAAUUAUUUAUAUCUUUGUUGUAGUGUGGAAAACUAACAUCUCUAGUACCCCUCCAUCGGAGGACCCAGAACCCUAAAUGGGUGUUCUGGUUACAGUUCUCA